AUGCGGUUCCUCAGCUCAGCCAACAACGUGAUGGACGAAAGUUUGUCACCGUUUGGGAGCUUGGCGAGAAACACGGGGAACGCGUCUUCCAGGGUCCACAGCAUAGACGCAAUUUUGGGAUUUACCAAGGAAGACUCGGUUCUCCAUUCCACCUUCACUUCCAAUAGAAAUUCCAGGAAUGUAGAAGAAGCGGGAAAGAGCAAUGGCCGGGAUUGUUUCAAUCGAAUGUCAAACUUGAAGCACGAACAGGAGAACUCAGAAAGUUUUGACGAUCACUUCUGCACAAACAACAGUGGGGAAGGUCUCCGGUCGGACAUAGUGAAGACCAAGCCACAUGAGAAUAAUCUAAUAAACGAGGACCAACCCAAGAAGAAACACAGGAGAAACCGAACAACAUUCACCACAUACCAACUCCACGAGCUUGAGAGAGCUUUUGAGAAAUCUCACUAUCCAGAUGUCUACAGCAGAGAGGAGCUAGCCAUGAAAGUCAACCUCCCUGAGGUUAGGGUGCAGGUAUGGUUUCAAAACAGAAGAGCCAAGUGGAGGCGGCAAGAAAAACUGGAAGCUAGUGCAAUGAAGCGUCAAGAUUCACCCAUGCUUUCCUUCAACAGGUCUUCACAGUCUUCUACCAUGGGCACUCUGAACAGUAACUUGGCACUGGACCCUUGGCUCACUUCACCAAUAUCCAGCUCCUCUGCAUUACAAAGCCUUCCAGGUUUCAUGUCAACAACACAGGGCCUGCAGAGUAGUUAUACUCCGCCACCUUUCCUGAAUUCCCCAGCAUUGAGCCACAACCUGCAGCCUAUGGGUGCCAUCACUCCCUCAACCUUCCAGUGUGGGACAGCUUAUGUGGACAAAUUUCCUCUGGAAGAUGCAGAACAGAGAAACUCCAGUAUAGCUUCCUUAAGAAUGAAAGCCAAAGAACACAUCCAAUUCAUUGGGAAAAGCUGGCAGACGAUCUGA